GCCAUGACAAAGCUUAGGGACGCCGCUCUCCGCUCGAGCGACGGAGCGGACCGACUUGGGAGUUUUGCCUUCGAACCAUCGGUUUGUCGGUCCGGCUUUAAGGAAAGGAGUUCGCCUCCCAACCCGAACUGCACGGGUAACAAUCGCAGUGCGAGGCAGAGAGGAAAUCGAGAGGUGUCCUGUGGGCUUUUUCAAUGGCGGUCGUGCGAUCCCGUCCUGGGCUUUAUCGUUGGCGACGCUUCAAUCGGCCAGCAUCGCGGCAAAAGCCACAGUUUGAUGCUGACAGUAUAGAGCACUGGAUAAAGCGGGUGGAACAAGCCUCCGAAUUUGCUGUUUCUGAAGCUUUUUCAUUAAAAAAGGCAUCCUAUUCUCAUGGACUUAAUGGUCCAGUGCUGGAUUUGGAAACAACAGAGCAGCUGUUAGAUCAUGAUGAAGCAUAUGUAGAAGCUCAAGAGUUGCUUAAUGACUGGAUGAAUUCAAAAUUGAAAUUGGAACUGGCAAGUGAUGAAGACAAUGAUGUUCAACAUUCAGCACCCAACUCUGUUCCUUUACAAGAGCCGGUUGCUGGCUUUCAGAAAUAUAAAAAAUUUGAUGAUUUCUAUGGUUAUUUGGAGCAAGAAGUGGAAGGCACCACGGUACAAGAUUUUUUACAGCAUCUAUUGCAAAGUGAAAUUGUGAACAGUGGUAUACUGGAAGGCCUUAAAACUAAAGCUGUCAGAGAGGAAAAGGAACCCAGAGACUUACGAAUUAACAUGGAACUAAGGCAUAAACAGGUAAAAGAAAAUCGUUUGAAACGGCAGCAGGAGCUUGAACUUCUGAAACAAGAAAAAGCCUUGAAAAAGUUAGCAAUGUCAGAGGCACAAAAACAAUUGCAAGAGGAGAUGAAGAGGAAAGCUCUGAAAGCCAAAAAAGAAGAAGCAGCGAUCCAAAAACAAAUGGUAAUACUGCGGAAGGAGUUGGGAGAAAAAAGACAUCUCAUGGAAGAAGCACGGAAAAUGGAAAGAAAAAGACACAAUUUAAAAAAAAUCCAGACUCUGAUAGAAGUUGGCCUGCCUCCUGCUCAGCUUACCUGUCUGAAUUGUAACAAUGAAGAACAAAAGGAGGAGGAACAGGUCAAACAGCAGGAACUACUGAGCAAGGUCAACACUGCUGAUCAGAAGUGCCUACGGAAAUAUUUCUCUGCCUGGUACAAGUUUAUUCUGGACCUCAGAAUUAAAAUGGGGAAAGCAAGAGCCCUUGCGGACUGGAAGUGCCAGCUGAAGAUUUUGCGAGCUUGGAGAGAUUAUUCAUGGUCUCACAAACUGGAGAAGGAGACUCAAAAAAUGGAAAACCAGCUUCGGGAUCAAAAUAGGAAAAACCAGCUGGCUAUAGAUUUUAACCGGAAAUGCAUUUUGCGUCAUUUCUUUGCUGAAUGGCAAUGCUGGAGCCGAUUAGAGAUGGAAAAGAGAGAGCUAGAAGCGAACAAAGAAAAAAUGAGGAGAAAAAUGGCAAAGCUCUUGGAAGAAGUAUCACUGGGGCAACUAACGGCAGCUUUCUCAAGAUCUACCAAUAAAAUCAUUGAGAAAGGAGUUACCCAAGAUAAACCUGCAAGUGAUACCGAGGUAAACUGUAUAGAGGUUAACCAGCUGGCUGAAAUCCCGUGUGUUCAGAACAAUCCCACAACUGCAAAAUUGGACAGAGAAAAUUCCUACUCUCCAGGGAUAAGUAAAAAAUGCAACCUCCAUUCACCAAGUCAACCAAAAUGCCCAUGGCAAAUCACCAGAAAACAUGCUGCUUUGAAUCUUCAGGACCAUGCCAGGUUUGGGAAUGAAACAAAGCAUUCCCUGCAGCAUCUUGAUCUAGCACAACAAAAGAAAUCUUCCACUAUUUGGGGUCCCCUGGAACAGCAACGCCUGAUUGAAGAGCAGCAACAACAGCUUCAAGAGCAGCAAGAGCUGAUCCGUAAACUUCAGGGCCUUCAGAGGGUACGCACUGCUUGGGAGGAGGUUGAGCAAACUACAGCUGCUACCACGGCACUUAACAUUAACACUCCAAAAAUUAAGGAAGAAAAGCAACUGAGAGAAAAUCAAUCAAAUUACAAGAAUACUAAGCCUGUAAGGUCAGAAGUUCAGCAGCCAGUCACUCAUAAGAGAAGGACUCUGAAAGCAUUAGUCACACCACAUCCCUUGCUUAGAGCUAUGGAAGAAAGAGCAGUUCAACGAGCAGAACGAAGGAAACAAUUGGAAGAAGCAAAAAAAAAGCGAGAAGACGAAAAGCUGGCUGAGAUGGAAGCCAAAGAAGAAGAACGUCAAAGACAAGAAGCAGCAGAAAAAGAGGCUAAAUUAGAGAAGAAGCGAGAAGAAAAGAAAUUGCAGCAAAUGAAAGAACUGGAAAAACAGAAAAGGCUAGAGAGAGAACAGCAACUUUUUUCCAAAGCUGAAGACCAUUACAUUAUGGUUCUGCUCAAACAGGGGUUAAAGGCCUGGAAAAAACUUACAGAGCGAUCUGAAGAAAACAUGGUGUAUAAGGAUUACAGACUUACUCUUGAAGAGCGUGCAAGCAAAGUCCAUGAAACUACCCUAAAGAAGAAGUUAUUUGGCUCUUGGUUUGAUUUGGUAAACGAGGAGAAAAGUAUAUUGUGGGCAAAACAAAAGACUGCAGAUGAAUACUUUAAUAGGAGAAUGAUACUACUUGCAUUCAGAGCCUGGCAAGAGUAUCCAGCUCAGAUGAAAGACGAAAGAAAAAAAGAAGAAAGACUAGAAAAGCUAAGAAAGAGAGUAUCUGAAAUUUUGCCGGAUUUCCAGACAUAACAAACCAGAGGACAAUUGGAACUUGGAAGGAGGAAAAGUCCAUGUGGCAAAUACCCUCUCAGACUGUCUCUCUAGCACCAUUUCAGUAAACUCAUUUGCCUUUUUCCUUCUAUCAACAAUGUGGGAGUAUCUUUGAUUUGCAAGGGAAACCCUACUGAAUGUCUGCUUUGCAAUCAGAAUUGACUUUAAAAACAGAAUCUGUCUAUUACUGUUCACCUGUUAAGAGCUCAUAGUGUGAACACAGUGAUGGUCCUUACUAUUUGCAUACACCCACAUCAAAGCAUUUUGUUAUCUAUCUCAAACAGCUCUAAUAUAAAUGCAAAAGCAACCAGUUAAUCAAUACCAGCUACCCUUGGUCUUUUCCCUAAUUGCUGUGAGACAAUCAGUUUCCACAAUGUUGGAAUACACUUUUAUGCUCUCUA